AUGCCAAAAAAAUUAAUUAUAAGUUCUUUGUUCUUUCUGGGGUUUUUCGUCGUCUCAAUAUAUACCGAGCAACAACAGAAUGACAUCAACUCCGAAACACCCGCCAAAAUUUACCAACUCCCAUUCGUCAGCGAGAUAAUGACGUCAUUUCACGUGCCGGCCAAUCACAAGACUCGAAUGAGAAACAUCAUCAACCGAUACAGAGGAAUGAUAAAUGAUGGAGGAAUGCAUGGUGGAGUGAACGAAGGAGUGAACGAAGGAGUGAACGAAGGAGUGAACGAAAGAAUGAACGAUAGAAUGAAUGAAAUAAAUACUUAUGGAAAAGUUAUGAGGAGUGAAAAUGGAAACGAAAUGGCCGUGCUUGGCAUACCGGUGGUAGCUUCCACCACUGACAAUGAUGAAGAAUCCGAUGCUGAUGUUGGUGACGCUGAUGUGAAAAUUAACGAUGAUAACAACGGGCAGAAGAGGAAAAAGUUUCUGAAAAGAUUUUAUAGCGAUUGGUGA